AUGAAUUAGCCCUCGGAUGAUUAAUCAUAUAAAACUAUUAAAUCUGCAAAGUCAUAAGCUUAGAUAGGACAAACAGUUUCUGGGGAGUAUUCAUCGGAGAGAAAGAAGUAAAUAUAAUAAAAAAUUUACUUAAUUUUGAAUGAUUACGAAUGCAAUAAGCUAGCGUUUUUCUUAUCAAUUUUAUCGAUCUUCAUAAUCUCACUUGAUAUUAUUUUACUAAUUUUAGAGACUGAAAAGGAAUUAGGAAUAAUGGACAUUUGGGUAACUGCUAAUUCAGGAGUGAGUGGUUACUUUUUAGUGGAAUAUGUUUUUAGAGUCGCCUCUUCUAAUGCUUUUGAUGAAACUUUGGCUGAAUUUUUUAAGAGUAAAUUAGUAACUAAUUAAGAACCUUUUAAUUUAGUGGAUAUACUUGCAUUGGUAUAUUCUAUAAUUGAACAAAUCUUGUAUAUUGUUGAUGUGUGGGUUGAUCCUAGAAUAAAGGUAUUGAGAAUGCUCAUUGUUCUUCGUCUGAUCAGAAUAUUUAAGUUUUCAACUUUCUCCUUGGGAGUCAAGAUAUUAAUAAGAGGAUUAUCAGAAAGCAUGCAAGCACUCUCAUUACUCCUAUUUUUCACAAUGAUAUGUGUGAUAUUGAUAUCUAGUUUUAUGUACUUCGCAGAAAAAGAGUUUGUGGAUGAUAGUCAAAUUUAAAAUAUCCCUUAAGCAAUCUGGUGGGCAAUCAUAACAAUAACAACUGUUGGAUACGGAGACUACGUUCCUAAAUCCUUACUUGGAAAAUUCAUUGGAGUCUUGAGUCUAAUUUUUGGAGUAUUAUUACUUUCACUUCCUGUAGCCAUUAUUGGAAAUAAAUUCUAAGAGAUUUAUUUGUAAAACAAGAAGGAAGAAACCAAAAGAGCAAGAAAGAAUGCAAAGACUCAUUACAAUUCAAUUUAGAAUCAAAAUGAAAAAGAAAUAUACAGAAUCAUAUUAAAACUAAAUGAGUUGGAAUAAGUGAAUGAAAGAAUAGAGCAAUGUUUGAAGGAUAAUCAAUUUCUAUAUAGAAGUAUAUCUAGAGAUGCUUAGAGCAUGAUAGAUAAGAUUGAAAUCAAUAGAGAAAAUGGUAAGAGCAAGAGUAAACAGAAGGAAAGAUUGAGUACCCAAGAAAGAAUAAUAAAGAUUAGAGAAGAAAUUCUAAAUAGUAGAAAAAAUAAAUGA